AUGACAGACCAAGUAAAGGGAAAAGCAAAUAUUCUCAGUCUGGUUAAUACGGCUGAUGCCCCUCAAGACCCUUACUUGCCGUACUCGGAUCCUGAUGGCCCCAGCUUCCUCGAUACCGGCGCCUGCGUGUGUGCACUUCAAGUGGUAGAAGGGUCGAACGUUGAGGAGAAUUCGAAGAACGGCAACACCGCCUGGCAAUGUAUUGGCAACCAGACCCAAGGCGUAUACGAAGUGAAAACGGGAAAGUGGUUCAACAGUAUUGGCGGAACCAACCUGGAUCCCACGACGCUGCCGAUUUAUGAUGCAGCACACGGUCCGGAUAUCAGCAAGACUCUCGCCUGGGACGACGGGAAGAAGCAGCUCGUCGAGGCCACAGACCUGGGUAAGCUCAGUAUAUACGACCAGGCGUGUACGGCGAAAAACGAAACGACAUUCUCAACGGCAUUCUACCGGGCUGUAGAUCAGAUCGCAAAGGACCAGACUCCCGUGGAUGCAGCACCCUGUUGGAGACCCGGUGGUGCCUUGCCGGUUCGAAUCCAGACACCAGAGUCGUGGCGAGAUGCCGGCUGUAACGAGGGCUUCUUAUGUACUAAUAAUACCAUCAACUCGCUCCCGCAAUACUGCCCGCCCAUCACCGAAUGCCAAGAGGCUCGUCUCGCCGGCAUGGUCUGUCAGUUCGAGGGCCGAAUCGUCGGAAUGGGACCUUUCGAACCCGUGGUCUGCCAGGCUGGGAGCUACUGCCCAAAGCCUGGUGUUGAAAUGAUCACUUGCCCAGCGGGCUCGUACUGUCAGCCAGGCGCUGCCACGCCGACGCCGUGCAGUAUCGGGAGCGUCUGCCGCGAGGGCGCGAGCUUUGAGCGUUUCGUGAUCCCGAUCGUGCUGCUCCUGAUCAUCGACAUCGGGCUGGUAGCCGGUGCCCUCGUAAUGAUCAUUCGGAGACGGUUCCUCAAUGCCUCCAAGGCGCACUCUCUUAGGAAGCCAAAGGGGGGCAUGGGCGCCAUGUCGGCCAAGAUGUCCGGGUAUAGCUCCCUGGAUGACGACAACGACCACGAUCACGACCGCGACCUCGACCACGAGAUGAUGCCCAUGGCGGCAACGUAUUUGCCUCGCGCGGAUACUUGGACCGGGUUUCAGGCUGUCCUGGACAUUCACCGCGGCAUGAGACCAGAAGAGCUCGAGAACGCCCAGGGCAUGACACCCGAACUCCGCGCCUUUGUGGAAUCCAUGCGCAAAGCCACCGAUGCGGCACAUUUCGGUCUGUCUUUUGGAUACUCGGAUCUGAGUUUCCAGCCCAAGGGCUCCCCGAAGAUGAUCCUGCAGAACGUGACGGGCUCCAUCGAGCGCGGUAACCUGGUUGCUGUCAUGGGCGGUUCGGGAGCGGGUAAAUCGACCUUCGUCAACGUGCUGAUGGGCAAGACGGCACACACGGGCGGUAGCGUCACGGUCAAUGGCGUUCCCGGAAAGAUCAAACGGUAUAAGAAGCUCAUCGGCUACGUGCCCCAGGAUGAUAUCGUGUUGCCCGAGUUGACGGUCUACGAAAAUAUCCUCCACUCUGCUCGGAUCCGACUACCGAGAACUUGGAAGAAGAAUGAUAUUGAGGCGCACGUCAACUCUGUCAUCGACUGCCUUGAACUAUCCCACGUUCGUGACUCUCUGGUGGGUAGCGUCGGAAAGCCCGUCAUCAGCGGUGGCCAGCGCAAGCGUGUCAGUAUCGGCAUGGAGUUGGCCGCCGCACCCAUGGCCAUCUUCCUGGACGAGCCCACGUCCGGACUCGACGCCACAGCCGCCAGCUCCAUCAUGCAGACACUCAAGGCCAUUGCACGCCUCGGCAUAUCGGUCAUUGUCAUCAUCCACCAGCCUCGGAUGGAGAUUUUCGAGAUGCUCGACAAUCUCAUUCUUCUCGGUAACGGGCAGAUCAUCUAUGAAGGACCACAGGACCAGGUCCGGCCGUUCUUCGAGGGCGUAGGUUACCAUUUCCCACCCCACAGUAACUUCGGCGACGUUGUAACGGACAUCAUCACGGGCAACGGACGUGCGUACAAGAAGAGCGGCGAAAUUUCCAAGGAGAGUCUCAUCUCGCACUGGGCCAACUCGCGCCAGAGUUCGGCAAUAAGAGCCAGCCGGCCCGAAUCUAUGGCCUCGAUCCAUAGCUCGUCGAUGCGCAAGAUGAUGAGCAUGCGCGGUGCCAGCCGCCUCCGGCAGAUGUACCUGUGCCUCAAGCGAGCCAUGCUGCAGCAGUACCGGGUCCAGUCGGCAUUCUGGUUUGAGAUGGCCCUCGCAUCGGUGGCCGGCUUCCUCAUCGGCCUGGCCGAGAAUUCCAAGCAAGGCGUCAUGUUCACGGGCCUAUACAACGCCCCGUACGAGAUCCUCUCCGUGGCGACGGACCUGAAGUCGGCGCCCGAGCUCGCUCUCUUGGUCGCCAUUGCCAUUGGACUCGUAUGUGGCGCCCCUGGCGUCAAGGUCUUCUCCGAGGAGAUGCUGCUGCACCGCCGUGAGGCCGAGGCCGGCCACUCGAGACUGGCCUACUUCAUGGCCAAGAUGAUCUCCGUGUUGCCCCGCAUGGUGCUCGGCUGCCUUCACUUCUCUACCUGGGUGUUCUUACUCUCGACGCCCGUCAUCCCCUGGGGCACGGCGUUCCUCGCCAACCUUGUGUACUUUUAUUGCAUCUACGGUCUUGCUUCGUGUCUCUCCAUGGUGCUGCGGCGCGAGGAUGCCCCCCUUUUCGCAACCAUGAUCAGCCUGAUCGUUGGUAUCCUCUCUGGUGCUGCGCCGCCCCUGUCUAAGGUCAAGUCCUGGAAUUUGGAAUGGCUCUGGCGAGCAAGUCCCGGUGUUUGGCUUGCGGAGGUUUACUUUGGGCAGAUGGUGGCUCCCUUCGCCUAUCUGUAUAAUGUGGAGCUGGCUGCUGAGGCGACCGGUUAUCACCUGGACUGGCUGUGGAGGAACAUGUUGAUCCUAUUUGGCAUCGGGACCAUCUAUAGGGUGAUUGCCUACAUUGGGCUGUUCGCCGGCAAGAAGUUGAGGAUAUAG